AUGCCAGCCGCCGACGAUUCGCCUACUGGGCAGAAGCACAGCAGCAGCUCGUACAGAGACGAGCUGGCACACUACAAAGCGCAGUAUGAGCAGCUGGAGGCGGAACUAGCCGACUUCCAGGUCUCCAGCCGGGAGCUAGAGGCGGAGCUAGAGAAGGACAUUGAGGCUUCAGAGAAGCGAGAGCGACAGCUGAAAGAGAAGGUCGAUACUCUACGAUAUGAGGUGGAGGAGUGGAAGACCAAAUACAAGCAGUCGAAAACAGAAGCAAACAACGCACAAAAUGCCCUGCAAAAGGAGGUGACGUCUCUACGCGAUAUAAGUCGAAACCUCCAACUAAAGCUACGCGAUAUCGAAGUUGCCAACGAUGAUUUUGAGCGGCAAGCCCGGAACACCACUUCGUCCCUGGAGGAUAUGGAAUCCAAGUAUAACAUCGCCAUCGAGCGCGGAGUGUUGCUGGAGGAGGAGGUCAAGAAUGGUGAACAGGAACGUGAAACCCUUCGGAUUGAGAACCAGCGUCUGCGGGACGAGCUGUCGGAUCUCAAGGUCGAAGCCGAUAUUGUUCAGGAGAGACUGAGGAACACGGAAGGACAUGGGUAUCGUCGUCGCAAGCCUACUCCCUUGUAUCGCAGCCCGUCCACUCCACAGACAUUGGAGAUCUUUGACCGAAGCUCCCCGGGUACUGCGACGUCUUCUCCUGUUUUCGCGACUCCCCCGGCCAAGGCAUCACUCGUUUCCGUGACCGCAACCCCUCCAUCUCCACCCAUUUCUGAGUCCUCUGCCAACUUGCGCAGAUCGAUCAACGCGACUCCCACAUUCCCUCGAUCAAGAGCAGCGGGUGCCGAACCGGUGAAUUCUCGCACCUUACACAAUGCCAGAAGCCAACCGUCGCGCCCUGCUCACUCUCGCAACUCUUCCUUUGCCUACAGCACUACCUCUAUUUCCUCCCGAAACAGCCUCUCCAGGCCGAUUGCUCCGCGUUCGUCUGGUCUCCCCAAGUCAGGAUCCUUGUAUCAGAUCCGUGGUUUGAUUGGCAAGAUGCAGAAAUUGGAGGAAAGAGUUCAAUCCGCCAAGUCACGACUACCGGCGCCGUCCGAUACCUCAUCUCGUGGAUCCCCCCACUCCCGAAACGGGUCAGUAGCAGGCGAUAGCCCCGUCCCGUCAACCGUCACUGUUCGAAGGAGCUCUCGCAAACGUUUGAGUGGGAGCAGCUUUGGAUCCUCUGUUCGAGACAGCGAGGGAACCCCUUCGUAUUUGCCCCAGAGUCGGCAGUCCUUUGGGACUCGUGAUAGCCGCCCUAGCAGCCGAACGAGUUUCUCCAGCCGCAGUUCAUUCAGCCAGAGCGUCCAUUCCGGGUCGAUCGAGUCGACCCGGCGCCAAAACCCCCUAGGCCACUACUCGACCAACCCGACCACGGAGAGCCGGCGUCCGCGGUCGUCUCUCAGCAACCAUGCAGGGCAGACCCCAUCGAUUGGGAGCAUGUCUCAUAUUGAAGAAGACCUGGAUCCGGAAUUUUCCACACCCACGUCUCGCAUCCCACAAGAACUGCGGCGACCCUCUUUCUCCGCAACGCCAACAGGGAUCAAGAAGCGUACCACCAGUGGCGUAUCAGCCAUUCCCACACCCCGCGGUUUUAAGACAAGCAUUGGGCCCGGGAGUAAGCCAUCGUUGACUGAACAGAAGCAACGCGAUCUCGGCGAGACCUUCUAA